CCAAAUCGGGCAGGAGACUGAGCUGGGAGGCAGAGACCCGGUGGGCUGAGGAUCCCAGGGGACCGAGGGCUGUGGGCUGGGCUUUGGGAGAUGUAGGGGCAGACAGGAUCUCUGGAGAAACUCCAGGGAAGCCCGAAGGAAGGGGAAGGACUGUCCUGCCAGGCCAGAGGGAAGACAGGAGACUAGGGAUGAGAUAAAGUAAGAGGCGGGAUGAGGAAGUAGUGGGGUUUCAGUUGGGUUGAGCACACAUAGGACGCACAAAUGCCUACUGUGUGCUCACUGGUCCAGGCUCAGUCCUGAGUCCUAGGGAAUCAGAGAUGAAUGAGAUAUAGAGGCUGCCCUCCAGAAGCUGACAGUCUGGCAUGGAAAACAGGUAAAUAGACUAUUUAGGUACCCAUGAGGCACUCUGCCAGGACAGAUAGAGGACGGUGCUCAGAAAAUGUCCCAAAGGCACCAGGUCUGAAGAUGGUUGAUUCCUGAGUCAGGGCAGGGGAGGAGCCAGAGGCAGAGUAGGACAAGAUGGCACUCCACCUAAGGGGUGUGGAGGAUGGAGCACGCAGGACAUGGCCUGAACGACACAAUGGCCCACAUGGGCAGCAAACAGCCAGCAAGCCAACGGAGAAGGAAGGUGUCUCUGAAAGCAAAGGUUCUUCCAGCCCUGUGAAGCCAGGGGCCAAGAUCGUCCACUCAGGGAAGCGAGGCCAGGGUCAGCAUGAAUUGGGCGUUCCUGCGGGAUGUGCUGAGCGGGGUCAACAAGUACUCCACGGCGCUGGGCCGCAUCUGGCUGUCCGUGGUCUUCAUCUUCCGCGUGCUGGUCUACGUGGUGGCGGCCGAGGAGGUGUGGGACGAUGAGCAGAAGGACUUCGUCUGCAACACCAAGCAGCCGGGCUGCCCCAAUGUCUGCUAUGACCAGUUCUUCCCCGUGUCCCACGUGCGCCUCUGGGCCCUGCAGCUCAUCCUGGUCACGUGCCCCUCGCUCUUCGUGGUCAUGCACGUGGCCUACCGCCGGGAGCGGGAGCGGAAGCACCGCCGGAAGCACGGGCCCCACGCCCCUUCCCUGUACGACAACCUGGACAAGAAGCGGGGCGGGCUCUGGUGGACCUACCUGCUGAGCCUCCUCUUCAAGGCGGCCGUCGACGUGGGCUUCCUCUACGUCUUCCAUCGCCUCUACAAGGACUACAACAUGCCCCGGGUGGUGGCCUGCUCCGAGUCGCCCUGCCCCAACACCGUGGAUUGCUACAUCUCCCGGCCCACUGAGAAGAAGAUCUUCACCUACUUCAUGGUGGCCACGGCCGUCCUCUGCAUCCUCCUCAACCUCAGUGAGGUCUCCUACCUGGUGGGCAAGAGGUGCCUGGAGGUCCUUGGCCCCAGGCCCCGAGGGUCUCGGCGCCGGGCUCACCUGCCGGAGGCAUGUCCACCAUAUGCCCUCUCCCCGGGGGAGCACCCCCAAGGUGGGAACUCUGUCCUAAUGAAGGCUGAAAUGACCACGAUUGAUGCAGGUGGGUUUCCAUAACUGGUGAGGUCGGCAGCUGAGACCACCAGACUCUCUGCCUGCUCCAGAAAGCCUGUUCCAGAAAGCCACCACAGGGCAGGUGGGGAAGGCAGGUGUGGAGCUCCAGAUGCCCACCCAGGGACCAAUGCUAGGAAGCAGUUUGGUUUCUGGGUCCUGAGCCCCGGGGGAGGCAGGCUGAUAGCUGAUGGGGACUUUUGUAUAUGGCGAUAGGGUAUGUCAAGUCCUUAAUAAAUAUGAUUUUCUCA